ACUCCCGCUGGCAGACAGCCAAUCAGAACGCAGCCGAGAGGCAGACGGAGCUCGAGACGUGUGCCGACCGGCUGGGCAGCUUCGCCUCGGCGGCCAAUCAGCUGGGCCCGUGGCUGAGGGAGAAGGAGCUGAUGAUGAGCGUGCUGGGUCCGCUGAGCAUCGACCCGAACAUGCUCACCACACAGAAACAACAAGUGCAGUUCAUGAUGCGUGAGUUUGACACCAGGCGGCCGCAGUUUGAGCAGCUGACCCAGUCCGCUGAGGGUAUCCUCUCCCAGACUGGAGACUCUGCUCAGGACGUCAAGGACCUGGCGGAGGUGCGGACUGAGCUGGGCUCCAUCUCGCAGCAGUGGGAAGACCUGACAGGCCGACUGACGCAGAGGUCAAGCCACAUCGAUCAGGCCCAGGGAACCAGCGAAUGCUACCAGGCCUUGCUCAGAGAGCUCUCCUCCAGUGUUUCUGCUCUGGGCGAGAGGCUGGAUGCUCAGGCCUCACUGAGCGCCCAGCCAGAGGCGCUGAAACGCCGCCUGCAGGAAACCGGAGAGAUCCGCUCAGAGCUGGAGAGACGGCGGACCGAGCUUGCCGAGGCUGAGAGGCUCUGCCGCGAGCUGAGCGCCAUCGUAGCUGAACCGUACCUGAAGGAAGAGCUGAGCAAACGGCUGGAGAGCGUCAGCGCGCCACUGAGGAGUCUAGAGGAGCGUGCAGCGGACGGUCUCUCUCAGCUCCAGGCGGCCCUGUCGUCCACCCAGCAGUUCCAGCAGAUGUUUGAGGAGCUGCGCUCGUGGCUCGACAAACAGGCAGAUCCCAGAGAUUCAACCACCGACUCCCUGCCUUGCCAGCCGCAGGCCAUCCGCUCCCUGCUGGCACAGACAGAUGAGCUCCAGCGCGGCAUCGCCAGUCAGCGAGGUUCCUAUGAGCUGAUUCAGGCCGAGGGAGCGUCGCUGCUCGCCACUCUCCCAGCGGGCGGAGACGAGCGGUCCACCCUUCAGUCUCACCUGGCGUCCCUGCGACAGGACUGGGAGGGGUUGAACCAGAGACUCUCUGAGCGUGAGAGCAGACUGAAGAACACACUCAGCAAGGCGGAGACCUACCAGCAGCACAAGGCAGAGCUGAUCCCAUGGUUAUCAGACUGUGAAGAGAAAGAUGGAGAGAUCCAACCGUCGCUGGAUUCAUCUGCGCUGGAUGAAGCCUUACAGAGGACACGAGGUCUGUCUCUUGACCUCGAGAGACGGCAGCCGCUCCUCGAGUCCUUCAACACUGCAGCCGACCAGCUGCUGGAACAGUGCUGCGUCGGGGAGGAAGAGGUACGAGAUGAGAAGGCCCAGCUGAACCGCCGGGUGGAUGGACUGGGAGAGAGGCUCCACAACCGCACCUCCCAGCUGGAGGAGCUGGCCGGCCGCCUGAAGGAGUUUGAGGAGGGCAGACAGGCCGUGGAGAGGAGGCUGGAGGCUGCCAAGCACCAGAUCGAAGUGCAGGAGGCUCUGGGUCCUCAGGCGUGCAGCGCCAAGAGCCUGGAGCGGUUGAGAAGUCAGCAGGAGAACCUGAGGUCCCUGCAGCCUCAGGUGGUCUACCUCCGAGACCUGGCCCAGGGGCUGGUGCAGGAUGCUCCGCGGACACCAGGGGGAGGAACUGAGGGGGCACAGAGGCUUCAGGAGCAGGCCAAAGACACAGAGAACGAGUAUGAUGACGUUACUGGCAAGAUCGAACACUGCUGCUCCUCCCUGGAGUCCCGUCUACAGGGCGUCGGCGAGGUCCAGUCUCACGUGCGGGACGUCUUCUCGCGCCUCGCCGACCUUGAUGAUGAGCUGGACUCCCUCAGUCCCGCUGGACGUGAUGCGGACUCCCUGGCCUCUCAGGCAGACACUCUGAAGGGCUUCCUGUCCCGUCUGACCAACCUGAGGACGGAGCUGGAGGGUCACGCGUCGGAGUGCACCAGCAUGCUGCGGCGAGAGGGCUCCUCCCCCGACCUCCUGGCUCUCAGGAGGGAGACAGAAGCUCUGAGCCGCCAAGCCGGCAAGCUGAGUGAGCGCAGCCAGGCCCGGUUGGACCAGAUCGAGGACGCUGCUGGGAAGGUUCAGGAUUUCUACCGGCUGGUGGCUGAGCUGCAAGGCCUGCUGGGAAGAGCUGAAGAGGGGCUGAAUGCACAGGGCAUGGUGGGCACAGAGGUGGAGAUGAUCAAACAGCAGCUGCAGGAGUUCAAGACUCUCCUCUUCGCCUCAUCCUCCUGUAGCCUUCACUCACAGUGUCUGUGACUCACUGUCCUUCCCCACGCACCGACUGUGUCAGCAACUAUUUAAUGAUG